AUGGUACAUUCUCUAUAUGAAGCGCCACCUCAGUCGUCCCCGGUGGAAGAAAAAGAAGCGAAAAGAAUAAUGUCGUUAGAGUUUCGUGUAGCCGAACUAGAAAAUACGCUACUGAAAGCUUCCACUGCUGUUUUAGAGGAACGUAUUAAAGAGCUGGAAGCAGAGUUGCAACAGACGAAAGAAAGUGCUCUAAUGAAAGCUUCCUCUACUGUUUUAGAGGAGCGUAUUAAAGAGCUGGAAUCCGAGUUGCAGCAGUCUAAAGAUAGUGCCCUACUGAAAGCUUCUACUACUGUUUUAGAAGGACGUAUUAGAGAGCUAGAAACCGAGUUGCAGUCUAAAGAUCUAUUGAAAGCUUCUACUACUGUUUUAGAAGGACAUAUUAAGGAGUUAGAAACCGAGUUACAACAUUCUAAAGGAAUAAAUCAGAAAUUACGAGAUAAUAUAACAAAAUUAGAAGAUUCCAUUUCUUCUUCAUCGCCUCCUCCUCCCGCCGAUACUAAUACAAUUAUUGUUUUAGAGGAUCGUAUUAAAGAGUUAGAAACCGAAUUGCAACAAUCUAAAGAAAACGUCCUACUGAAAGCUUCUACUACUGUUUUAGAAGGACGUAUUAAAGAGUUAGAAACCGAGUUACAGCAUUCAAAAGAGAUCAAUCAUAAAUUACAAGAUAAUGUUACAAAAUUGGAAAAGACUAUUUCUUCACCACCCCCUCCUCCUGUCACUACGACAACCACUUUUUCGGAGGGACGUAUUAAAGAGCUGGAAAUCGAGUUGCAGCAAUCUAAAGAAAUAAAUCAGAAAUUACGAGAUAAUAUAUCAAAAUUAGAAGAGACUAUUUCUUCUUCACCGCCUUCUUCUGCCACCACUACGACAACCACGUUUUCGGAGGGACGUAUUAAAGAGCUGGAGGCCGAGUUGCAGCAAUCUAAAGAAAUAAAUCAAAAAUUACGGGACAAUAUAUCAAAAUUAGAAGAGACCAUUUCUUCUUCACCUUCUCCUGUCACUAUUACUACAAAUAAUUUACCAUCGCCGCCGCUGACGCCUCCAGCUAACGAUCAACAAAAAGCCACCGAUGCGAUAGUGGCUAAGAAAGUAGAUAACAAUGAGAGUUCAAAUAAUGGUUUAAUAGCAGAAAGUUCAUCAGUAAAGAAAUCUUCAUCAUUAUCUAAUAUUGAUUUAAAAGACGGGGAACUGCAAGAUGAUGAUGAUGAUGGUACUUUUGAUCGUAUAGUGAAAAUAAUUGAGAAAAUGAAAAAUGAUUGUAUUCGAGCGAUAAAUUUAAAAAUUCCUACGAGUUCACGAUUACCCAAAAAUCCUAAUAGCAUGUCAUCAACAACACCCACAAAAAUGCCAAUGAGACCGAGAACACCGAGUUGUACUUCCCUCACAUCAUCAAUUUCCUCCAGGCCAGGAACUCCAUCAUUAUCAUCUGCAUCCACAUCAGGAUUAGGAUCAUCAAGUUCCUCAACUGGAAUACCAAUCAGUCAUCCGACAAAAUCAAUGUCAUUAACGCAUAGAUCAGCUACAUCUGCUGCUGCUGCGGUAAAUUCAAGACCAGCAACACCAGUAUCAUCAAUUCCACUAAGCUCACCUACCAAUGAAGAAAAUACAACACAUAUUCCCACGCCAAGAACAUUUUCAUUCUCUGCAAUCUCUUCUCGGGUGGGUGCGGCAAAUAAUAACAAUAACAAUAACAGCAUGGGUAAUGGUAUUAAUGGUACAUUAUCAAGACCAACAACACCAGGACCUAGAUCAGGUACCCCGACAGCAUGGGAAGGUCUGUGGCAAGAUGAGAUAACACCUUGGGAUAAAGGAUCCGUAUCACCUGCUUUAAUUGAACUUAUAGAAGAGAAAGGGUUCCAGAUACCAGAUGGAAAAGGUUUCGUGCCAGGAUGUGGUCUGGGUUAUGAUGUUUUUUAUCUGGCAAAUGAGAGAAGGCAUAUGCUCGGUUUAGACUUGAGUGAAGUGGCUAUCAAUCGUUGUAAAGAGAGAAAAAAUGAACUUGCCAUUCAUUCACCGAUCGUUGACUUUCAAGCUGGUGACUUUUUCACAUUUGAGAUUCCUGAAGGCGAUCUCUCUAAACGUCCGGAAUGGGCAAAUCGCAUGGCUGAGAUGAUCACGCCAGGUGGAAUAUUGAUAGCUUUAAUGUAUCCAUUGGAUGAGGGUCGUAAAGACGGGCCGCCCUUUUCACUAUCUAGACAAAUAUAUGAAGAGUUACUUUCCAAGGAUUUCAGUUUGGAAUACUAUGAUAAUUGUAAGAGUCAUCCGAGUAGAAAAGAUCGAGAAAUGAUGUCAGUUUGGCGAAGAAAAUGA